UUACGAGUACAAAAAGAAUUGAUCUACCACUUUCUUCUUCUAAAAUUUGUUGUCCAAAUUUGACUUCAAAAAAAUUUAAGAAAAUUAUUUUAAAAAAUUAAAAACAAGUGGUUAAAAGUUAUUUAGAAAAAAAGAAGAAAACUAAUACGAAUCAUAAAUUAUUAGGAAAUCAAUAAAAUAGAGAACGAUGUCUUUGUUAAUCCCUGUAAGUGCUCAUUUUGGAGCUCAGUACUCAGUUUGUUCUGACAUCCGUGAAGCCAUCAACAACAUUGAGAAGAAAUUGAGUCCUAGUCAAUUUGAAGAAUUUCACAGGACUCCAAUUGGGCACUUCAUGGGGCUUAAGAACCUCCAGUUUUCUGGCCAGAUCAUUCACCAAAUGCUUUUGUUGCUUGUUGAGGAUCAACCUGACGAUGAAUUCUGGAUCCUCCGAAAUGGUGAAAUUGUCAAAUUCACUUUCAACGACUGGUGCAGAAUUACAAGGUUGCCGAACACAAAGAGGUACCCACCUCUUAAGGACAAAGAGCUUGGACAGAGCUCACUGUGUCACACAUUCUUAGGAGGGGAGGUCGCGAAGUGCACCUUCAAGCAUGUACGAGAGAAGUAUGUUGCAGCGGAGAAUACCAUAGAUUCGAAGAAAAUGGUUGACUUUUCCAUGCUCUACUUCAUUGAGUGUGUCCUUUUAGCAAAGGAUAGAUCUACAUGCAUUGAAUCAACCCAUUUGCAUCUUGUCGAAGAGCCCAAAAAAUUCAAAUCUUAUCCAUGGGCUUGGGAGUCGUACUUACUUACUAUACGACAUAUGAAAGGUGCAAUGGAUGGACAGCCCGAAAAAUUUGAAAAAAAGAGCAAAGAAACCUCAAACUACAAAUCCUUAAAGUACACCUUCUAUGGUUUUCCAUUGCCUAUUCAGGAUUCUGAUGCCGACACCGUUCGAGCCAUUAGAGAUUUGAAGAAAAGGAUGGAUGGACUUGAAGUGAAGAUUGAUGAAAUCAAGAAGUUGUUGGUGGAGGUUGUUAUGAAGCUGAAUUCAAGUGGCCGAAGGAGAAGAUCUGUUAGAAUUCAGAGACAGAAGAGAGCAAGGACAAAGGCUGCUAAGGAAGAUGAUGAGGAUUUAGAAGAAGAUGAUGAAAUCGAGGAGGCUGCUGAGGAAUAUGAGGAGGAGACUGGAGCUGAUGAAGAUGUAGAUGAGACUCGGGAAAAUAAGGAGGAGAGUAUGGAAAGUGAGGACGACACUGAGGAGACAAGGGAAAAUGAAGAGGAGAAUGCGAUUGGGGAAAAUGAGGAUACAGAGCAAAUUGAGGAUGAGCACACUGCUGUUGAGAAGGGCCGGAAUCCUCAUUCUACGUUAAAGAAAUAGUUAGAAGAAUACCCCCCCCUACUUCGCACGAUUAAGGGUGUGGGUGCAAACACUUUGGAGAAGGAAUGGGAAACAAUUGUUGUCAAUGGUAUUCCGCAACAGGACUCUAGGUUUGUUCGCCAUUACUUCGUUAUGCUACUCCUAUGGACGGGUGAAAAUCAUACCCCUCUACUUAUUUUAAUACUAUUUUCCCUUGCAGGUAUGGCGUAUGUGGAGUGAUGGUGCUUGCAUAUAUAGAGUGUUUGUUGGUUGGCUUACAAUUAAGUCUGGACUGCAGU